GGCGCGCUGCGGGGCGGCGGCUGCGCGCGCGCGGCGGCCCGGGCGGCGGCGGCGGCCGCGGCAGCGGUGGCGGCGGGCUGGCAGCGCGCUGUCGUGGUGCACUCCGGCUGUGGCGGCGCGUCGGCGCUGCUGGCUCGCGCACUCGUCACCCGUGGCCUCGACGUCAUCUGGUACAUUGAGGACUACCUGUCACUACGUCCAGACGUGGUGGUGAUGGCGGACUGCGGCGUGGGCGACUCGCGCGAGGCGGAGGCGGCGGCGCGCGCGGCGCACGCGCUGCGGGGCGCAGUGUGGGGCGCGCGGGGGGCGGCGCGGCUGGCCGGCUCCUCCCGCGCCGCGCUGCUGCUGGCGCUCGUGCCGCUCGCCGAGGGACGCGCCGACGACGACGACGUCGACCUCUACAACCUUGUCAAUACAAUUCAUCUGGAAAAGGACAAAAAUUCAUAUGCAAACAUACGUCAAGUGACACCGAAGUCUUCAGUGAGUAAUUACAGUAUAUUUGAUGAAGAGGAAGACGCUUCAUUGACAGAAAAAAACAACCCAGAAACGGCAGACAAAACAUUUACCCUUCAUAGCCCUGACUCCUCAAACAACGGAACAGCAAACGAGACUUUGGAAUUCGACGAGGACAUAAUGAAUUUACUGAUGGUGUUCGAGGCAGUGGUCCCCCAGAGCGUGCUGGUGCUCGCAGACCGCGGCGGGGCGGGUGCGGGGGGCGCGGGGGGCGUGGGACGGCCCCGCGUGGGCGCCGAGUUGCGGGCGGCGCUGCGCGGGGGCGGCGAGCGCGUGCAGCUGGUCGCUGGGAGCGGCGCGGGGGGCGGGGCGGUGCGCGUGGCGGACGUGGUGGUGCGCGGCGCGGCGGUGCAGUGCGCGGACGGCUGGGCGGGCGCGGCGCGGUGGGCGGCGGCAGCGCGGGCGCGCGCGGCGGCGGCGGGCGAGCUGCAGGCGCGCUGGAUGCUGGCGGUGGCGCUGGCGCUGGGCGCGGCGCUGGUGCUGCUGGGCGGCGCGGGGCUGCGGCGCAUGCGCGCGGGGGGCGCGGGGGCGCGGCCGCGCGGCUCGCCCGUGCUGCAGCCGGAGCAGUUCCAGUUCCCGGCGGAGGAGGGCGCGCGCCGCGUGGGCGAGGGCAUGGAGAGCAUGCUGUCGUGCUGGCUGCAGCAGCUGCACGAGUUCGGCGGCCCGCCCCCCGCGCCCCCCGCACCCCCGGAGCCCCCCGCGCCGCGCCUGGACGUGAUCAAGCGUCCCUCGCAGCCCUCCUCCGCCUGCAGCGUCACCCGCUUGCCCAUCGACCACCGCACGCGGUACAAGGGCGAGCCGGUGUUCCUGAAGCUGCUGCCGGGCGGCUACGGGGGCGGCGGCGGGGGCGGGGGCGGGGGCGGGGGCGAGCUGGAGCUGCGGCGCCGCGCGGCCGACCUGCUGCUCACCAUGCAGCUGGUGCACCACGAGAACAUCAACCCCUUCAUAGGCUGCCUGCCGCGCGUGCGGCCUGCGCUGGUGUUCGCGCUGGGCGGGCGCGGCUCGCUGGAGGACGUGCUGAUGGCGGACGACAUCCGGCUGGACUGGACGUUCCGCCUGUCGCUGCUGACGGACCUGGUGCGCGGCAUGCGCGCGCUGCACGCGUCGCCUCUGCGCGUGCACGGCCGCCUGUCGUCGCGCAACUGCGUGGUGGACGCGCGCUGGGUGCUGCGCGUCACGGACCACGGCGUGGGCGCCUUCCUGCGCGCGCAGGGGCUGCGCGAGGGCCCGCGGGCGGCGCGCGCGCUGCUGUGGUCGGCCCCGGAGCGCCUGCGCGCGCCGCUCGCGCCGCCGCAGCCGCCCGCCGACGUGUACAGCUUCGCCAUCAUCAUGCAGGAGGUCAUCCUGCGCGGCGAGCCCUACUGCAUGAUGCCGCACCUCAAGCCCGAGGAGCUGGUGGAGAAGCUGAUGCGGCCGCCGCCGCUGAUCCGGCCGUCGGUGUCGAUGUCGGCGGCGCCGCCGGAGGCCGUGGGCGUCAUGCGGCGCUGCUGGGCCGAGGCGCCCGACCUGCGCCCCACCUUCGACCAGAUCUACGAGAUGUUCCGCCACCUCAACCGCGGACGCAAAAUAAACAUAGUGGAGUCGAUGUUCGAGAUGCUGGAGAAGUACAGCGGCAACCUGGAGGAGCUGGUGCGCGACCGCACGGAGCAGCUGGACCAGGAGAAGAGGAAGACCGAGCAGCUGCUGAACCGCAUGCUGCCCAGCUCGGUGGCGGAGCGGCUGCUGCUGGGCGAGGCGGUGCCGCCCGAGGAGUUCGCGGACGUGUCCGUGUACUUCAGCGACAUCGUGGGCUUCACGGCGCUGGCGGCCGGCAGCUCGCCCGUGCAGGUGGUGGCGCUGCUCAACGAGCUGUACACGUGCUUCGACGCCGCCAUCGAGCAGUACCAGGUGUACAAGGUGGAGACCAUCGGCGACGCGUACAUGGUGGUGGGCGGCGCGCCGGCGCGCUGCGCGGACCACGCGGCGCGCGUGGCCAGCAUGGCGCUGCAGCUGCUGCACGAGGCGGGCCGCUUCCGCAUCCGCCACCGCCCGGGCCGCCCGCUGCACCUGCGCAUCGGCCUGCACUCGGGGCCCGUGUGCGCCGGCGUCGUGGGCCGCACCAUGCCGCGCUACUGCCUGUUCGGCGACACCGUCAACACCGCCAGCCGCAUGGAGUCCACCGGCGCGGCGUGGCGCAUCCAGGUGUCGGCGGCGACGGCGGAGCGCCUGCGGGCGGCCGGCGGCUACCGGCUGCGCGCGCGCGGGCUCGUGCCCGUCAAGGGCAAGGGCAACAUGCUCACCUACUGGCUGCUGGGCAAGGACGGCUUCGACAAGCCGCUGCCCACGCCGCCGCCGCUCCAAAGUGGAGAAGUACUUGAGGAGGCGGAGCAGGAGGGCGAGGCGGCGGCGGGCGAGGAGGGCGGGGGCGGGGGCGCGGGCGAGGCGGCGGACGAGCCCGUCGCCGAGCUCGGGGACGGCGCGCCACGUGCUGACCGCCUCGCGGGCUGGCAGCGCGGCGGCACCGUGUCGGCGGACUGCAGCCCGCCCCCGCGCGCCCCCGCCGCCCCCGCCCCCGCAGACCACAGCGCCCCCUAUAGCCGAUACAGGUACCAUGACGCUGUCUACCCACCUCUACAGCCACUGAUAGACUACUUCCUUGUCAAAAUAGUAACGUAAUAUUGGAAACCCUCUGAAAUGAUUAACAUGAAGUGACCC